CGCCGACGAGCAAACUCAAUUCCCUCUGGACUUCGACUAUCCGCAACUUUGUCUGUAUACUUGACCAUCUUUCCUGCACUUCCAGCUCUAGCGCUCGGGUUUAAAGGAAAGAUGACUUACCACGAUGACAUUUACCCAUUCUACCCGUUAGAAAGAAGCUCGUUUAUAUUCAGUGGCAGUCUGCUCACUGUCAUCUUGGUAUUCCUGCUGAUGGCACUCACUUUCCUCCUCAUUGUACCUGGUAUACGUGGCAGAUCGCGGAUUCUGUGGACAGUCAGGAUGUUCGUUAGUUUAUUUAUAGGAGCAGUAAUAGUUGCACUUAACUUCACCUGUGAUUGGGCUGAGGGGAAACUCAAAGCCAACACCACAUACAAAUCCUUCAGUAAUGCUGUGGUGAAUGCUGAGGUGGGACUGCAUGUGGGUCUACAUGGAAUUAACAUCACCCUUAGAGGUGACCCAGUGGUGCAGUUCAAUGAGACCAUAGACUACAAUGAAAUGUUUACUUGGAGUGGUGUCAUGGAUGAUGAUUAUGAUGAUGCUCUGGAGAAAGGUCUUCCUAAUCCAAUACUUUACAUAGUGGAGAAGUUCACCCUUCACAGCCCCUGUAGUCUCAUCUACCAGUAUCAGCAUUCAGGCAGAUUUGCCUCAGCCACCCUUUGGACAGCUUUUUGCUGUUGGAUACUGGCCAAUGUGCUCCUCUCAAUGCCUGUCAUCCUCUAUGCUGGCUGCAUGAUGGCUGCUACAGCUGCCUUUAUCUUUUUUUCCUUGGCUUCCUUUUCUACAAUAUACAAUGUUCCAAAAUGUGACUUCUCUAUAGGAGCAGAAUCAUUUGAUCAUAAUUUUAGCCAUUCGUUUUGGCUUGCAUUAGCUACUGGAUUCAUGUGUGGGGUGAUUGGUGUAGUAGUAAUACUGCUAGACUGUCUGAUCCCAGACAAGAUGAGAGAAGCCUUCAGCUUUGAGGCGGACAGUAAUAUUGAAGAAGUUUACCCUCUAGAGGGCUACCUCAAUGCCAGCUUCCUAGAACGAAUACGUUUGGAUGGUGUGACUGUAAAAGGACUGAGCAAAGAACCACAACAACCCUCCAGUUUAACAAAACUUUGAGAAAUGAACAGUUCCAGACAAGGCUGUCAGUUUCAUUACUUGAAAAACAAACAUCUCGCAGAAGAAAUCAUUUUGCUGGAGGUUGCUAUAAAUACAACUGUAAACAUUUUCUGUUCUGUAGACACUUCUGUAAAUAUGUACAUACAUAUGCUAAAGUUGAGAAAAAUAAAAUGUGAUAUACAUGAA